ACGAGCGACACCGGUAUAGCCCGUGAUAAAGACGCUGUGCGCGCCUCGUCGGGUUGUUACACGUGCAGAAUCCGCCGGAAGAAAUGUGACAAGCAGCUCAACGCAGACGGCAACUGCCAAACAUGUCUUCGUCUUCGUCUGCAAUGUCUUGGUUUUGGCGAAAAGCGUCCAGAAUGGUUGCGUGCAAGCGGCAAGGUCGACCAACGACAAAAAAUUAAAGAUUUUCUUGCCUCACAAGGAAUGAUUAAGGGGCAUUCUGGUAUGAGCUCUCGCUGCAAUGAUCAGGAACCUUCUAUUCUAUCACUUUCAGCGGACUAUGCUUCCCCGAGCACGAGUCCGCAGACCCCGACAUUGUCGAUCGACGACGAGCAUGAUGAUUAUAUUCAGGGGGAUACUGAUGCUCGACUUUUGGUGAUGCAGGACAUCGAUUCACCAUUAAACGUUCAGGACAAUUAUGCCAGGGUUAUUGAUCAGGAAUGUUCAAUUCUAACACUUUCGGCGGACUAUGCUUCCCUGAGCCCGGGUCCGCAGAGCCCGACGCUGUCGAUCUCCAGCGAUGAGCAACAUCCGGGUAUGGCCCGUAAUGAUUAUCUUCGAGGGGACACUAAUGCCCGACUUCCGGUGAUGGAUCUUGAUUCACCACUGGACGUUGGUGUAAGACUACGCAAAAAGAACUGAGUGCGAAAAGCAAGUUCGAAGGGGAAUGAUAAAUCGAGAUGAAAAUUGUUGGGGGUGGGACUUUGGGAGGAAUACUCUUGAUUUGACGACGUACGGAUUAUUACAGCGCUCCUUAAGUAUCGUAGCAAGUGAUUUGUGUAUUCUAGGCAGGAGAAAUGAUUGGAGAAAUGCGAACUCCAAGUACAAAGGAAAAAGGAUAACGUAGAAGAAUGUAUCCGAAUGCGUCGGAUGCGAAGAGUAGACCUUUUCGCAUCGAUUGCUGAC